CCCCGCUGCCCCUCCAAGCAUCAGCUCACCCAUGACGUAUCUGCGGGAGUGCCUGCCGUCGCUGCCAAUAUGCCAACUCACCCGUUGCGGUGGGUGGUGCGUCUAUUUAUCGAGCUCAACAAUCUUCUCCGCCUGCUUACUUCCUCUUCUCCCUCUCUUCUUAUCCCCAUUCCCUUUUCUCUCCACCCAUCUCCAGACUUGCAAAGUCCUUCAAUUGCAUUCCCAGAAACUCUGACACCCGAACCCAAACACCACUACCCCAUCUCCACUCCGCCACCAUGGGCAAGAUCAAGUACGUGUUGCUCGACUGCGACAACACCCUCUGCCAGUCGGAGCGGUAUGCCUUCGAAGCCUGCGCCGAGUUGACCAACGAGUUGCUCGAGAAGCACGGCAUCGACAAGCGCUACACCACCGAGCAGCUCCUCGAGGACUUCGUCGGCCACAACUUCCGCGGCAUGCUCAAGGCUCUGCAGCCCAAGCACAACUUCACCAUGGCCGACGAUGAGCUCGAGACGUACGUCGACGCCGAGCUCGGUCGUGUCACCAAGAAGCUGAGCGAGAAGGCCGUCGAGUGCCCCGGCGUCACCGAGCAGCUCGAGGCUCUCAAGAGCCAAGGCAUGCCCAUGUCCGUCGUCAGCACGUCGGCCAAGAGCCGUGUCGUCGCCUCGAUUGAGAAGUGCAACCUUGCCCGUUUCUUCCCUCCCGAGCACGUCUACUCCGCCGCCACCUCCCUCAACCCCCCCAGCUCCAAGCCCGACCCCGCCAUCUACAACUUCGCCUGCAAAGAGCUCGGCGUCAAGAACGAGGAGGCCGUCACCGUCGAGGACAGCAAGUCGGGUGCUACUGCCGCCAUGCGCGCGGGCAUUCCUUGCAUCGGAUACGUCGGCAUCUACGGUAUCGAGGACGGCAAGGAGAAGAUGGACGAGAUGGCCAAGAUCCUUACGGAGCAGACCAAGUGCAAGGCCAUCAUGUACGACUGGAAGGACUUCCCCAAGCACCUCAAGGAGGUGGAAGAUCAGAUGUAAG